AACCAACUCGGACUCCGUCGUCCAUGGCGAUGGCGGUUCGGUGGCCGCGAGUGCUCACGCCGAGCUACCUGGCGCAGCUCAUGCGGCGGCAGAAGGACCCCGCUGCCGCGCUCCGCCUCUUCGAUGAGGCCCCUCUCCGUUACCCUUCCUACCGCCACAACUCCCUCGUCUACUCCGCCGCCCGACUCCCUCCUCUCCGUCGACCCUCUCCCCGUCCCCGCCCUCGCCGACCUCCUCUCCCGCCUCGCGCUCCGCGACUCCUGCCCCGCCCCCGACCUCCUCUUCGCCCGCGCCAUACGCGCCCUUUCCGGCGACCCCCCCGCGGCCCUCUCCUCUUCCUUCGCCUCCUCCCCCGCUCCAACUCUCCCUCGUGGUCCCUCUCCUUCCACGCCCUCCUCCGGCUCCUCCUUGCCCGCGGCCACCUCUCCCUCGCCCUCCGCCUCUUCUCCAGCUGCGCCGGGCGCCGUGAGGUGCGCCUCGGGCCCCCCGCUCUUAACCUCCUUGUCGAUGCCCUCUGCCGCGACGGUCGCCCCGACGCCGCCGUCCAGGCCUUCGCUGCCUUCAGCGACCUCUGCUGCUACCCCGACCGCGACACCUAUCGCAACCUUAUGCGCGGCCUCUGCGACGCCGGUCGCCUCGAUGACGCCAUCCACCUGCUCCGGUCCAUGCUAUGGCGGAUUUCACAGAAGGGCUGCGACGCCGACGUCGUCGUUUAUAGGACGCUUCUCGAGGCGCUGUGCCAGAACGGACGUACUGCGGAGGCCGAGGAGAUUCUCGCCAGGGUGCUUAAGAAGGGGCUCAGGUCCUCGAAACGCCGGCGGACAUUCUGCGGCCCGGUGCUCCAAGGUUUGACCGUGGAGGAGGCCAAGAAGGUCAUUGACGAGGCACUGGUGGUAAGAGGAGUGAAGAGCCUGGCGAGCUACCGAGCAAUGCUGAAGGAUUUGUACGCGGAAGGGAAUUUCGACGAUGCACAGCAGAUGUUCGAUGAAAUGAUUGAGAGUGGGUUUCGACCACCGGUGUCCAUCUUUGAAAACAAGAUCAGUGCCUUGUGCCAGGAAGGGAGGGCGGAUGACAGUGUGAGGGUGCUAGAAAAGGAGAUGCCAGGCAAGGAUUGUGUUCCUACUGUUAGAACUUAUAAUCUAGUGAUGGAAGGACUGUGUAAGGAGGGGAAGUCGAUGAGGGCAGUGGAGUAUUUGGACAAGAUGGAUAAACAGGUGGGUUGUGUAGCCCAGAAAGAGACAUUUGAAAUCUUGGUCGAUGGCUUGCACGCAGAAUGCCGGCAUCUUGAGGCAGCCCAGGUUUUGGAGAGGAUGCUUAGGAGGAGGUAUCGGCCUAACAGAGCAGUUUUUAGCAGUGUAAUUCAGGGGCUCUGUUCAAUUGUCAGGAGAUAUGAAGCCACAUUGUGGUUAGAGGAAAUGAUCAGCCAUGGCGAGAUCCCUGAAGCUGAAGUAUGGGCCUCAUUGGCCUCCAUGGUUUGUUUCAGUGACUUGACGGAAUCUUUACUUCUGGAGGUCUUGGAACAUAAGCAUGAUGCAGAUUGAGUGGCAUUCAUAACAACUGGUGCUUUCAGGGUCUUGCUUUGGCAUGAGACAGAAGAUUUGUGAGAAGACCGCUUGGAUAUGCCUCCUAUGACAUGAUCUGAAUUGCAUUUAUACUUUUGCAAUUUGAAGAUAAGUAAUAGAAGAUGGCUCAGAGAAAAAUUUUAUAGGCAUAUGGUUAAGUUGGUGAUAGUGUUGAGAUUGAAGACAUGCUUUGCAGUAAAUAAUGGGGUAUCUACAGGACAUAGAUGAAGCAGUGUUGAGGUUGAAGACAUGCUUUGCAGUAAAUAAUGGGAUAUCUACAGGACAUAGAUGAAGCAGAUAUGGUCAAGGUUAUGCUCUCCCAUUUUAAGGUUAAAUUCUUCAUUAUGUGACAAGGAUAAGAUAUCAUUUUGUGGUGUUUAUUAUCUGCCUUAUAAAAUAUUUCAAAAAGAAGAGCUUGAUGGAGGAUUGAAAGGGGAGUAUAUCUAGAAGUCAUCAAGCAUCUCAGGUGGAUGCUGCUGUCAUUGAAGUAUCUCCUACUUCUCAGACACUUAAGCAGGUUGUGUCCUUCCCAUCAUUAAAAGUCCAUUAAUACAUGGUUUUCAUGUGAUCCUAAAAAGUUUAGUGCUUAAUCAUCCAGCAAAGCAAAUAAUCUUUAUCUACACUGUCACUUUUGUUCUUUCUUUAUGCCAACAGAAAUGGAUAAGUUUAUCUUUCUGGUCUUGGUCAAUCAUUGUAUACUAUUGCCGUAAUUUCACAUUUAAGAGCUCCUGAUAAUUGUAUUAACACUGACAUUUAUGACUUUUAUCUCUAGAUUUUAAGUUUCUACCAAAUCACUCUCUUGUAAUUGAAAAUAGGCACAUUUCUGUCUGCCAAAACUAUGAAAGUUCAUCUGUUAAAGAUCUGUAUGAAGAAUGGUGCUUUGAAAGAGAGAACAUUUCACCCUAUGUUGUGUCAUCUGAAUGAAACAAGGACAUAACCUUGGUUGCAAUACAACUGUCUUCUGGUUGAAAGCAACUGGUUUUCUUUGGAGAAAUACCUGAAAAUAACACUUGAUGCUCUCAUGUUGAUUACAUUCAAUUCUCUUGUUCAUUAUUCAGCAGAAACUGUGCUUGAUCAUGUCAUGGAAGCACAAGAUGUCAUGGCAAGGAUAUGAGAAGCAUGCAAGAAGCGUUAAUGGCGGUGACGCCAUG